AUGGUUCGUGGGUUGAGAGAUGGGUGUCUUGGUCAGUUUACUGGCCACGAUGCGUUUACUGGUCUCCCACCGGGGGUUGACGGGCUAGUGCAAAGAGCUCUAGAGGAGGCUUUCUGGUUAUUAUUUAGACAGCUAGACGAGCGCAUGUGCAUGGCUCUAGGUAACGUAGCAUACACAUGUAGUGAAUGCAGAAUUCUAGAAUACCGGUUCAUAGGAGAUCACGGAAGUUACAUUUUCCUUCCUCAAAGUAAGGCGGAUACUCCAGUACUAUCUAGAAGGGGCCCCACACAGACGCACCGCAGGGAACCAAAUCUCCCAGAAAGAAUAGCCCUAUGGAGGAACAUCGAUAUCUGA